GUAGAGACCGGAAACACAAGCAAAGCAACGAUAGAAUGAAUUUUAACGGAAAUUAACGAGGGAGUGUGUGAACUCUACAACUAAAAAGUUAUGGAUAUUUAAGAGGAAACGAAUAUAUGAAGAUCCAUUUUCUCAAGUACUAUGAAGCUCCAUUUAUUAAUUCACCGUGGGUGAGAAAGAGGUGAAAAACUGCCGGGUAAUUCAAUUGGCUGACGGCAAUCUAACCGGCACCAAAGAGCUUCCUAUCCCUCCCAUGGCCGCCGCCAUGCACGCCCCAAUCAUCUCCUCCUACAAUAAUGGCCGCAUCAGGCCACUACUCGACUGCGUCGACAAGCUCCGGGCCCUCAACGUCAUGCAGGAGGGCAUCCAGCUCCCGACCAUCGUCGUGGUCGGGGACCAGUCCUCCGGCAAGUCCAGCGUGCUGGAGUCGCUUGCCGGAAUCAGCCUCCCCAGAGGUCAAGGGAUGUCCACCCGCGUCCCACUCGUCAUGAGACUCAAGAACCAGCCCGACCCCGAAACCCCCCCGGAGAUCUAUUUGGAGUUCAACGGGAAAAUCGUCCCGACCGACGAAGCCGGAAUUGAGGACGCCAUCAUUUCCGCCACCGACGAGGUGGCGGGCUGCGGGAAAGGAAUUUCCCGCACUCCCUUGACUCUUCUGGUCAAGAAAUGCGGGGUCCCUGAUCUGACCAUGGUGGACUUGCCUGGAAUCACCAGGGUUCCAGUCAAGGGCCAGCCACACGACAUUUACGAACAAAUCAGGGACAUAAUCAUGGACCACAUAACCUCAGAGGAAAGCAUCAUUCUCAACGUGCUAUCCGCCACGGUCGAUUUCCCGACGUGCGAGUCCAUCAGGAUGUCGCAGGCCGUGGACCCCACGGGAAGGAGGACGCUGGCGGUGGUGACGAAGGCGGACAUUGCCCCCCAAGGCCUUCUGGAGAAGGUCACCGCGGACGAAGUCCGGAUCGGGCUCGGAUACGUUUGCGUCAGCAACCGUACCGGCUCUGAAUCCGAGCUCUUCGACACCCAUCCCCUCCUCUCCAAGAUCGACAAGUCCAUGGUUUCCAUCCCAGUCUUGGCUGACAAGCUGGUGUCCAUCCAAGAAAACAUCAUCUCGAAAUGUCUCCCCGACAUUGUCAAGAAAAUCCAGGACAAACUCGCAGCAAAUCUCGAAGAGCUGAACGCACUGCCGAAAACCAUAACCUCCGUGGGCGAAGGAUUCACUGCGUUAAUCCGGAUCCUAAACUCGACCAAGCGUUCCCUCACAAAACUUCUCCUGGCAGGAGACUUUGGAGAGUACCCAGAGGACACAGAGAUGCACAUCAUUGCCAAGCUAAUGGAGAUGCUCAACCGGGGCACGGCUUUCUUGAAAUCAGAAAACAUCGAAAACCAAGACGAAAUCUCAGACCUGGAAAUGGGGUUAUCAUCAGGCUUCCUCCCUCAUCGUGCCUUUCUCUAUACGCUGCAGAAAAGGCUCAACCGGGCCUCCCCUGUUUUACUGAAACUGGUGGGGGAUUUAUGGGCAUACAUCCAAACUGGCGUGAUCAAUGUACUGUCCCUCCAUUGCGAAAACCACCCACAAAUCCAGUCCGGCGCGACGAGGGCUGUUGAGAAUAUGAUCGCGAAAAAGAAAGAGGAAUCGGCGCGUUGGGUAACGGAGAUCAUUGGAAUGGAGAAGCUGGGGAUUUACACUUGUAAUGAUAAUAAUCCACAAGGAAUGGGUUUGGUGACGGGGGUGGCGGCGUACUGGGAGAUUGUGCGAGCCAGGGUGGUGGAUGGGCUGGUUUUGCACAUUCUGUUCAAGUGCCAAAAGCUGGUGGAGGAGGAGAUGGAGGAGGAAGUUGUCAGGGAUCUCACGGCGGCGCCUUCCGGUGGCGGGGGCAUUGAGAGGAUGGUUGAGGAGUCUUCUCUGGUUGCGGAGGAGCGAGAGCGCCUGAGGAAACGCGUCGAACUGCUCCAGGAGUCGCAGGAUGUUGUGGCCAAGAUCAUUGGCAGAAUCGUGCCUGGUGAUGACUAGCCGAAUUGCAUAGUUGGCUUAUGGAAAAUCUCCAUGUAUUUUUACAAUACUCUAUUGUUAAGUCAUAGUACCUCCCACCACAAAUAAACUUCUCGUUCAAUG